AUUUCCAAACUUAGCAUUUUUAUUUACACACACAACCAACACACAAUGAACCGAAAGCAGAGCAAGAGUUGAUGUGUGUCAUAAAAAUAAAAGAGUUUGUUACAGUAAACGGCUUGAAAGUGGCAGAAAGGAGUAGUUUAUACCAUUACUCGCAAUAUGGGCUCUAAGGUUUGACGUGGAUCUAUUUGAUACUGCUGUUGCGUGCUUUUGAGGACGCUUUGACAUCUGCUUCUCUGAAAGAAAUUCAAAAGCCAUGGGAAAACGAAAACAGAGGGCUCCGCAGCAUGCAGGAGUAACGAAAAGGCAGCAGUUAACGUGGAACCUCUCGGGCCAGGCGAGUGGCUCAGGGUCUGACUCGUUCAUUAAUGACCACACGCUUAGAAAUGAAAACUUGAAUCAGUCAGGACUGUCACCUGAAUGUGGCCUCAGUGCAUCGCCCCAGAGUGGGGAGGGCAGCUCAGGGAGCCACACACCCGUCCAUGCCUUAUGCGUUGAUGCUUUCUACCAGAAUCUUGCUUCUUGUCAUUCAACGGUCACCUUGCAUUGUUCAGACUCAACGAAAGUACAGGAUGUAAAGAACAAAACAGAGCUGUUAGAAUUUGGAACAUUCAAAAUUUCUUUGGUAGCUCACCCGAAACUGACUCCUUUACCAGAACAAUUGCCUGACUUCAAGGAGUGCUGGCUGUACCUGGCAAAUGAAGAUAAACCCAGCAUGCUCUAUUUCGAGACUGAAGACAACAAUGAAAAUGUUGAUCAGCCAAGGAAAACGAAAUCAAGACAGUCAAAGUUUGGUGUGUUUUGGUUUGUGAAAUUGAAUGUCCCAGUUCAAGUACUGUCAAGCCUAAGGGGGAAGUCUUUUUUGUUGCUAUGUGACCCGUUUGACACCCAUGAGAAGGAGCUGAAAGUUACCAUCUAUGGUUGUGAGAGUAUUGUUCUGAAGCUGUCCCAUCCCAGUGAAGUCAUUCGGAUCAAGGUGGUACAGGUCGCAAUCCAGAAAUUGAUGGAGUUCUACUUUGACAUUUCUUUGCCCUAUGAUUAUGAAAAACGAGUGAGGACGACUGGCCAUGACUUCUUCCAUCUGUAUGAAAGCGUCAUGUUCAUCCACAAAGCUCAACUGGACCAAGACCAGGCAUGGGAAAAGGAAGUUGCUGAGAUUAGUCACGACUGUCUUAAACCUAAGCUGCGGCAUUACCAAAAGCAAAGUGUGGCCUGGAUGUUGAGGCAGGAGAAGAGAAACUAUGAUAACAGAGAGCAGCAGACGUUGCAAGAUUUACACCCCUUGUAUUGUGAAGUGCAGUUUCGGAAUGGUGCACAACUGUACUACAAUCGACAUGGAGGCAGUUUGAUUAAAGAUCGUCCGAAAGCUAUUCCACUACUUCCUGGAGGUAUUCUGGCAGAUGAAAUGGGUCUAGGCAAGACAGUGGAAGUUCUUUGUUGCAUGUUGCUCCAUCCUCGGCAAGACUUGGAACCUCUGCAGGCUUUACCCGUUCUCGCAGACUCUGAAACAUAUUCUACGGUCCCUUCGCCUGAUGUUGAUAAGCUGAAUGGUGCAAAGGAUGGAUCUGAAAUGCCGAAAGAUGAGCUGGUAUUGAAUGGUGUCAAAGAUGCAGUGAAAAUUGCUCAAGAGAACUCUGACUGUGUAGACCAAAGUGAGGCUCACUUAAGUGGGGAUAAAUUAUUAGGGAAAGAUGAGUAUUUAUUGCCAAGUUGUUCUUACAAUGCUCAAGACGUGGAGACUAGUGACGAUUUAUUUGCUCAGUCCCUCUGUGUUGGUCUGAAGAGUUGUGAGUCGGUGAAAGAGUGCUCAGACAUGGACAAGGAAUCGGUGCCAGGCAGUAAUGAUAAUGGGUACUCUCACAGUGUUGUCUCAGACUCUCUGAAAUCAGGAACAGUAAAAAUGGAAGUGCCACUUAAUAUUUUGUCCACAUCAGAACACAUUGGGGAAAUUCAGUUUCAUGUCAAAGAAAGUUUAGAUUUGUGUGGAGAGUCAGACAUGGACACAGAUAGUGGGGCCCACACAAAACCUGGUUCAGUUCCUGACGGGAAUGAACUGAAGCAAACUCUUGACGAUGCAAAUGGCUGUGGUGUUUCUGACAGUCUGACACUGGCUGAGAACAAAGCUCAGAUUUCAUUACUGGACGGAUCUAGAAUUGUAACAACUGUCCCAUCAUCUUUGUCAUCCGCUGAAGGCUCUGGUGCACAUUCCUCUGCCGCUACUUCGGCUGAACAGGACAAUACAUUACAGUCUUCACAAAGAACUUCAGAAGGCAGCUGCAGCAGUGGUAAGAAAAGAGCCCACCGCAAAUCAAGAGGGUAUGUGGAAUAUGUGCCUGUGUCAAGUGAGGAUACAAGCUAUUUUAACACGAAGCCGGCAGCAAGAAAGCAGUUCUUUGAGUGCAACUGUGGCCAGUUGGAGAACGAAGCAGAGACUUCCCGCAGAGGACUGCACACUGUCUCGUGUCUUCAGUGCGGCAUGUCGCAGCAUGCAGAGUGCAUGAACUAUGACCUCACAGAUCCUCUCCGUGGGGACUAUCUGUGUCCUCAUUGCCAUGCUCUUUCAAGUACCAUCAAGUCAGGAGCAACACUGAUCAUCUCCCCAUACUCGAUCUGCCACCAGUGGAUUGAGGAAAUCCGUAAACACAUCAAAGAAUGCAGCAUUAAAGUCUUUAUCUACACAGGGGUAUCUAAGCUCGGCUACACCCAGCCUCAAACACUGGCUCAGCAGGACAUUGUCAUCACAACUUAUGACGUACUCAGGAAGGAAGUAGACUAUGCUAAUUUACCACACACCAACAGUGAGUCAGGCAGGCGUUUUCGCCACCCUAAACGCUUCUUAGCAACACCAUCUCCCAUGGUAGCUGUAGAGUGGUGGAGAAUUUGCCUUGAUGAAGCUCAAAUGGUAGAGUGUGUAACCACAAAGACUGCAGAGAUGGCUCUGCGCCUGAAGGCAGUGAACAGAUGGUGUGUGACUGGAACGCCACUCAUGCGGAGUGUGGAAGACAUCUAUGGCCUGCUGCUGUUCCUGGGCAUGGACCCUCUGCUGGUUCAACAGUGGUUUAAACUGCUGGUCUGGGAACCUUUCUGCCACGGCUUCUCCGCACCCAUGCACCAUGCCCUGUCCCAGGUGCUUUGGCGCACGGCCAAGAAGGAUGUUAUUGAUCAGAUUGACCUACCAGCCCAGUCUGAGGAAGUGAACUGGCUGACCUUUUCCCCAGUGGAGGAGCAUUUCUACAGAAGGCAGUAUGAGAUCUAUGAGCGGAAUGCUUACAUUCAUCGCAGAAAGGUUCAAAACAAUCAGGACCCUAACACAAAACUCCAUGCUCUGGAUCGCAAAACGAUGAAUGAGUUGUUGAGUCCUCUGUUCCGCUUGAGACAAGCCUGCUGUCACCCACAGAUUGUGAGAGGAGAGUUCCUCCCUCUGAAUAGAAAAAUGAUGACCAUGGAGAAAGUUCUGGAGCACAUGACCAAGAAAGUGAAGACAGAGUGCGAGGAGGCUCAUCGGCAGAUUGUGGCUUCUCUCAACGGUCUCGCAGGACUGGCCAUUUUGAGGGGGAAGUUGCUGGAUGCGGUGGACAAGUACCGGGAGGUGUUGCGGUCAGUGGAGGAGCACAAGGAGCGUUUCCGCACCGACGACCUGCAGCAGUUGCACGCCAUGCACAACCUGGCCUGGGUGCUGGACUCGAAGCCAGAGGGACUAGCUCCCACCAUGAGGGACGCCUCGCUGAAAGAACAGUGCCGGGAACUGAAGGACAAGUACAUGAACAAAGCGACGGCGAACAUCGGUGCAAGCAGAGAGGCUCUUGACAGUUCGCAGGCCAACAUUACCGAGGUCAACCAAAAGCUUCAGGGUCUUGAUGGUGACUGGUGGGCAGAUGUGGUGGAGAUGACAGUGCAGAGAGGCAUUGACCCCGAUCUCAUGGAUAAGGUCAAGGACGAUCUUCUAAAGACAUCCUCCACAGAAGGCACAAUUGCCGACUCCUUCACCAACACAGACGGCCUCAUGUACGUUGUGGACUCGCACCUGCAAGCCUUGAUCAAGGCCCGCAGCACGCUCACCUCUGCUCUGGAGAAACUCGUGGAGAAUACCUCAGCCCUCCUUGUGCAAACUGCUGCAACUUGCUGCCUGAGACCCGUGGAGGAAAUCCUCAAGUCGUGUCCCUUUUGUAAAGUGGAUGAACAGUUCAACGAGUACGAGUCUAAGCUGUUUUUGUUUGUUGAGAGAGGUGUGACGGUGACAGGCGAUGACAACAGUAUGGCAUACCAAGUGAGCACCAAGCGUCAGGGUACCUGGGCCGACAGCGAGGUGGAGAAAGCCCUCAAGAGCAUCCUUUCCUUCUACAAGCUAAACUUUGAGCCUGAUGGUGAUAUUACUGAGGCAGCGUCUAUACAGAUCAAAUACUUGGACACCCUGAAAAAAGAAUUCAAGCACCUGCGUGCCAUGUGGCUGGCCCACCGGGAGCAAGUGUCGGCCAUUGACGAACUGGAGAUGGCCACGGAACGUCUGAGACUCCGCAAGAACUUUGAGCCAGAGGCAGCUACCAAGAUCCUUAAUGUUAUUGAAGAAAGAGAGAUGACACAACAUGAACUGAAGUGCUCCUCUGAUGAAAUUGUCAGCCGAGAUGAACUAAGGAAAAAACUCGGGCAGCUUGUCUACCUCACAAAUUUGGCCUCUCAGAAUGAGGCAGGCAAAGACCACAACAUUGACGGUUGCCCUAUUUGCCAGUGUGAGCUGGGUCUGGAGUGGAGUGUACUCAUGUGCGGUCACUGUUACUGCCUCCGCUGCAUCCGGGCUCUGAUUGACCGCAACUUGAUUGGUGGCAACAUCCAGGACAAGCGACUCAAGUGUCCGGUGUGCCGCAGCUGGACACCUGUGCGGGAGAUCUCGUACGUCACUACCAAAAAGACAGAGAAAGUCAAUGUGAAGGGGAGCCACUCGACAAAAGUGCAAGCGGUUAUUGAGUGUCUCAUAAAGAUCAAGGAUGCCACCCCAAAUGCUAAGUCCUUGGUGUUCUCUGCGUGGGUAAGUGUUCUGGACAUCCUGGCUGCCGCUCUGGCUGAGAACAACAUCAUGUACAAGUCCCUCCACGAUCCCAACUCUUUUCAGAAGAAUCUGUCGGCCUUCAAGUCUGAGGAUGCGGUGCAGGUGUUGCUGCUUCCCCUGCACAGCGGUGCCAACGGGCUCAACCUGGUGGAGGCCUCCAACGUGCUGCUGGUGGAGCCCGGCCUCAGCCUGGAGGAGGAGGCGCAGGCCAUCUCACGGGUCUACAGGAUUGGUCAGACCAGGCAGACAAAGAUCCACCGUUUCUUGGUGCGGGGCACAAUAGAAGAGAGGAUCUUCCACAUGGUGAAGACACUGCGUAAUUCCAAGUCUGGGCUGAGAGACGAGGAGGAAGGUGUAGAACUCACAGUCGGUCACAUCUCCUCCCUGCUUCAACAACCCAGUCCUGAUGAAGACGACAGUGAUGAAAAUGACGAUAUAGUCCUUCCUGGAAGCUCAAGUUCUGGUGCUCAGUCAAGUGGUGCAGUAAGUGGCAGUGUGGGUGAUGCUGGUGCUGGCGGAGUAGUGGGGAAUGGUGUAGCAGACGUGAGUGAGGCAGGACCUAGUGGGACGAGGAGGAGCCCCCAUGCUGGUGGUGACAGCUCUCACUUGACUGGUGGAGAAAACAUGGAGAUGGAGCUGCAACAGAACAGUGGCUCUGCUAGUGAAAGUGGUCAUAGUGUGGGUGUAAGCUCUGGUGCUGGAUCUUCUGUGCGUGCCACUGAAAGUUCAGAAAUUGUGCCAGGUGAUGCUUGUGUUAACACUGACGUCGAGAAUGUGAGUGCAGUGACAGAAAAUAUCAAUGGGGAUGUUGUUAGUCCUGCUGCUGAAAGUAUUGCUGCCAGUAGUAGUGAUAUUUCUAGGGAGCAUGCAGACUCUGAUUUGGGAGGCAGUGCAUUCAGUGUACAAGAUCUGCUACCUAGCACAAGCAGUGCUCAAAGAGGCCUUGAUGAUGAUGAUGAUGACAACAAUCAGUUAUAACCGCUAUAACUCGCGACAUUUUUUUGUCCUCUUCGAAGCAGAUGCAAGUGCAGAAGAUGGGUGUGCCAGCACAAUUAGUGUUUUACCAACAAUUAUGGUAAUCUGUCAUCUGGCGAGCCAAAUGUUAAAGACCAAAACGGAA